ACUGCGUCAGAUCCCAACGCUCUCACCAGUGGAACGAAUGUUGACUUUGACUGUAUCGUGAGUUGACUACCGUGUGCGGCAUCGCAUUCAUUUCAGUGAGACCUGAGCGGUUCCAUGGAACAGGUCGUUGAUUAUUUAUUAAUUAAACAUGAUGGAUAAAGUGCACGGGGUGGCCGCCCUCAAAGUCAGGGAACAAGGAUUUUACGAUGGAUCAAGGGCCUUCGAGGGAUUCUCGGACGUCGUGGGACUGCCGGUUGAUCAGAUGAACUUCGUCAUCGGCCAAUUCACAGCCCUUGUCCUCGCAGUUUUGUUUCGAACGACCCUCAGGCCAGGAGUGGUUUCGCCAAUAGCUCGUCACACAUUUGGUUUGGUCGUUGGGCUCUGCCUGGGCUACUUCUGUUUCGGCAAACAAGCAGUUCACCUGGCGGGACUUCCGGCAGUAUGUUACAUCGUAAUGCGCACCCAAGAUCCGCGUAUCGUCCAGAGAGUUGUGUUGACUGUUGCCCUGGGGUACCUCUCGUGCAUUCAUUUUUACCGACAAAUGUAUGAUUAUGGAUCGUACAGCCUUGAUAUAACGGGUCCACUGAUGGUUGUAACGCAGAAGGUGAUAAGUCUUGCGUACAGCAUUCACGAUGGCUUCACACGUCGGGAACCCGAACUGACGUCACUCCAGCGUCAUCAGGCCGUGAAGAUCAUGCCAACUACACUAGAGUACUUCAGCUAUGUGCUCCACUUUCAGGCAUUGAUGGCAGGUCCCGUCAUUUUUUACAGAGAUUACAUUGAUUUUAUUCAUGGAACGAAACUCAAUGGAACGUCAUUUUCGGGAUUCUACGAUGUUCCUUCCAAACAUGCCGCCGAAAUAGUUUUGGAGCCAGCACCAACUCAAAUUGUAUUGAAGAAAGUUAUCGCCAGCCUGACAUGCGCUAUCCUCUUCGUUGUAUUCAUUCCGAUAUUCCCAAUCCAGAGACUGAAAGAGGACGAAUUUUUGAACUCGUCGACGAUCUACAAAAUCUGGUACCUGAUGAUCGCGACCAUGAUGGUUCGUUUCAAGUAUUAUUACGCAUGGCUGUUUGCUGACGCAGUAUGCAACAACUCGGGGCUGGGAUUCAACGGUCUCGAUGCAGAGGGAAAGCCCCGGUGGGACCUCUUCUCCAACAUAGAUGUAGUUAAAUUCGAGACAUCACUGAGUCUCAGAGAGUCGAUCGAAGCCUGGAACAAGGGGACGAACAACUGGCUGAGAAUGGUGGCUUAUGAGAGGGCUGGCCAGUACAGAACACUUUUUACUUAUGCCCUUUCGGCAGUUUGGCAUGGAUUUUAUCCUGGAUACUACCUCACGUUCGCGACUGGAGCGCUAUUUACAUUCGCUUCACGUACUGUUCGCAGAAGCAUCAGACCUUACUUCCUGGGAUCAAGGAACAUGAAAUUGUUAUACGAUGUCAUAACAUUCAUCACAACGCGCCUCUUCAUGGCUUACCUCACCUUCAGUUUUGUUCUCCUUGAAUUCAGGCCGAGUGUCAAAAUCUACCUUUCCAUGUACCUGAUUCCACACCUGCUAAGCCUGGCAGCGCUAUUAGUCCUCCCAGUAUUACCAUUGGGACAUGUGCACCGAAAACGCGAAAUACCAACCACCAAUGGACAAAAUAACUCUCGUCCCACCGUUGCAGAACCGGAAACGCACAAUGGACUCUCGAAGAAGGCAGACUGAGUCCGCAUUGCGGUUCACUAUUUUUACUAUUUUUAUAUUGACGUUCAAAUCUUUGUACUCUGUUUUAUAUAAAUUAUAUCUUUAAUUAUUGCUUCACCAGAUGAUACUUUACCGUGAAUCCGUUGUUGCUCACAGCAAAAACGAAUAUGUCAUUUCACACGUCUCUUGCACAGUUUUUCACGCACUAAUGGACUAAUGAAUGUCUAAAGAAAAGUAGAAUUGAUCUGCAUUUCAGGGAAAUAUGUGCUCAAAGCCUUGAGUCAGGUUUGAAAUUCCGAUAAAUCAUGGAAACAUUUCGUAUUGUCUAAACAAUGUUUAUAAAGGGCGUACGAUCAUCAGAUAUUCGUUUUUGUCGUGCGUUUAAUUAUUUUAUGAUGAAUUAACACGCCUGAAACGCGAAUAACCGAGUUUUUUACGAUAAAUUAAAGUGAGAGUUUCAAUGAUGCAUUGUUUUCAGUGCUGGUGUAAUAUCUUUAGGCUUCCGAUAUCCGUAAUGAUGUGAACAUGUGAUUGUUUUAGAUAUUAAAUCAACUAUUCUUGGAACUGAACGUUGAAUUCAUGUAUUUUACAUAUUGAACGAAUUUUUAAUAAAGCAUGAUGUGAGAUCAAUAA